GCCAUCUUUGCGUUUGCAACUUUGCGCCUUUAUUCAUCUGUGCUGUGUGGUGAUUUUAUCGGUCGAAGAUGGAGGCCGCUGAAUCUGAAGCCGGUGUAAAAACUCACUUGAAUAAUGUGUUAUCAGACGAGGAAUUUGCUAAUUUACCCAAUCUCAUUGCGGAAAAGAUCAAUGCAUACAUUGAUAAAACAUUUGAAGAAUAUUUAACAUCAAAAGCUCUUCACGAGACCAAUAAGUCCCAGAUAGGUGAUAGAGUAUCAUCUCUGGAAGCCCAGGUUCUUGAAGUGACGGCGAAAUAUGACGACGCUGUAAAGAAGUUGUCAACAUCCGAUGAAACCAUUACAGAACUUACACAGCAAGUUGAAUCUUUAAAUUCCGAAUUAGAAAAAGCGCGUGAUAAAAUAACGCGCCUCGAAAAUGAAAUUAUUUCUCUCAAGAGUUCAAGAGAUGCUGCUGUUGACGAAAGAAAUGACUUGACAAGAAUAUUACAAAGGCGAGAUGCCGAAAUUGAAAGACUAACUUCAAGUGAGGCUGCGUUGUCUCAACAACUACGUGCAGCGAUUGAUGCUAAAUGCGAAGCGUUGGCAUUAAAUGAUGAAAUACAGAGCAAAGAGCUAUCACUUCAAUAUCGUGAAAAACGGAUUGAACAGGAAAGAACUUUACUUAAUUCACAAAUUGCUGGCUUGACAGAGGAAGUUAAUCGUCUUACAUCUGAACUGCAAACUGUAAGAUUAAACAACACUAGUCGUUCGGUGAACCUAGAAACUCAAUUAGCUGAAAAAAUCGAGGAACUUAAUGCUGCUAAUGAGACAAUUAAUCAGUUAAACGAAGUAAAGAAAAAUUUGAACAACAGAGCUGAAAGCCUUACUCAACGCUUAAUGGAGCAAAGAGAAAUAGAAAAUAAAAUGACAGAAAACUACAAAAAAGAGUUGGAAGCCAAAACUAAACUAGCUGACUUAUUUAAAACUAUGCAUGAUGAUGCUGAAGCAAAAACCUUAGAAAUGACUGAAGGAAUUGCAGAAUUACAAAAAUUGUUGAAUGAAGCUACAGAGAAAUAUGGGGAACUGGAAACAAAAUACAAACAAGCUGAGUUGGACCAUGAAGAAUUAAUGGAAAAGAAAAAUGAAAUAAUUAGUUCUUUAAAAAAUGAAUUAGAACAUGCUAAUGAUUUAUUAAAGGCUGCUAAUGCUCAAAGUCUCGACAUGGCUUUAAGUGACUUGGCUCCAUCUGCAGCCACUGCUAGUAAACUUUUGAAAUCAGGAAUGUCUCUAACGCAGAUAUAUUCGCAAUUGGUGAAAGUUUCGGAUGAACUAGCUCAAGAAAAGGAAGAUAAUAGACGUCUCAAUGUCACGAUUAACACCAUUGUUCAAGAAUUGGAAGAAAAAGCUCCUUUACUACAGAAACAAAAAAUUGAAUAUGAAGAAGCAUUAGAAAGUAAUACAGCUUUAUCUCAGCAAAUUGAUUCAUUAGUCAUUGAAUGCAACAGACUUCGAGAUGAUUAUAGCGAAUCAUCUAAAAUAGCAAACCACUACAGUCGUGAAAAUACAAAGCUAAAGGGUGAAUUGGCAGAUUUAGGAAGACAAGUUUGUUUCUUGUUGAAAGAAAUAGAACACAGCCGUGGAGGUCUUUUACCAAAUGGUGACCAUGAUUCCUCACAAACUGCUUCUAACACAACAAAUUCAUCUGAAUUAAGUUCAUCAAGAAUUAUAUCUAAAACCUUAGUAACAUUUAGUGAUAUUCAAGAAUUACAAUCUAAUAAUCAAAAGCUUUUGCGUAUGAUUCGUGAAAUGACAGAUAAGCAAGAAGAGUUUGAACGACACAAGGAACAAUUUGAGAGUGGUGAAAUGCAAAAUAAAAUAGAAUCAUUGAAAAACAGAGUAGUUGAGCUUACUGAAGCCCAAGAUCGUCAAACUAAAAUGGUCAAUGGUCUUAUCAGACAGAGAGAUAUGUUUAAGAAACUGUACCAUGAUCAUAUGAAAGGCAAACGCCAUGAGUUAUCUGCAUCUGAGAUAUCCGAAUUAGAAAAGAGUGGAAUAUACUCAAUGGAAACUACGCCCGAAAAAGUUAAUAAGACUCCCAUUCCAGAGGUAUCUUCAUUUGAAAUUAAAUACAAAGAAACAGAGAAACAAUUGGAAUUAUUAAGAGAAGAAUACAAAACAUAUAAAGAGGAGAAAUUAACUAAUGAAAGAAUGCUAUUUGAACAGAUUGAUAACAUGAGACAAGAAAUAGGAAAAUUGACAGCUGCCAAUAGUAAAUGUGCUUCAACAUCUGAGUACAAUAAUGAAAGACUUAAAAUUCUUCAAACCAAUAUUACAACUUACAAAAAGCAAAUUUCAUCCUUAGAAGAAAAGAAUAAAGCUUAUAAUGCUACUAUAGCUAAACACGAAGUCUCGUUACAACAUUUAAGAGAUGAAGCUUUAAAUGCUCAGAGUAAACUUGCAGCUGCAGAAAUACAACUAGAAAACUUAAAACUAGAACUUAAAUUACUCAAAGACGCUGAGCUGCGUAUCCAAACAGAAAAAGAAAUGUUAAAUAGAGAAAGACAAGGCCAAUCUUUACUCCUCAAAAAUUUGGAAUUAAUCAAAGCCAGUUUAGAACGUGUGGAAGCAGAGAAUCGAGCCAAAAUUGAGACAAGGUUAGAUGAAGCAACCAGGGAAUGUUCAGCUUUAAGAAGAAGGCUUCAAGAGGAACAAGAUCGUUUUAGAGAACUGGCAGCUCAUCUCGAAAGACAAACAAAUACUGCAAAAGAAAGAAUGCAAGAAGAAAAGGAUGCUGCAGAUUCUUUGAGAAAAGAAAUAACUGAAAUGAGACAAGAGUUAAUAGAGAAAAACAAGUCGAAUGAAGAAUUAACUAAGAAGCUUAAAGUUGCUCUAUCUCCCAACACAGAUGGAUCAUAUGAUACAGUUAAAAAAAUUAGGGAUUUAGAAAAUAAAUUGUCAGACAAACAAGGAGAAGUUCAGUCACUCCAGGAACAACUGAAUGUAGCAAAGGAACACAUAAAACAAUAUUGUGAUAUAUCAGAAAGUGCAGAAAAGGAAUUAAAAGCUCUACACACUGAAUAUGAAGCUUAUAAAACAGAAACUGAUGCUAAGUUGUCUGAUUAUACCAGUAAAUUACAGAGUUUGGAAGAUAAAUGUUCAGAGCUAGAGGCUGAAUUAUCACUUCAUGCUAAUGGAGAACAUUCUAAUAGUAACACUGCAUUGAAGAAUGAAUUAUCUAACAUUAAGGAAGAAUUGAACAAUUCCAUAAAUAAUGCUAAUAGUUACCGUUCGGAACUUGAAUCUGCACGUGCUGAAAUAACUAAGCUCUCAGAAGCACUACAGAAUGCAGAAGAAAAAUACACUCAUGAAAUGAUUUUACAUUCCAGUGAUAUACAAGCCCUGUCUCAUGUUAAAGAAGAAUUAUUAAGAGCACAAAAUCAAUUAAAUGAACUCACGGCUUUGAAACAGCGUGCCGUAGAAGAUUUAGAAACUGAAAAGAAAUCUUGGUUAGAUAGACAAAACAUAUUGAUGAGCGAAAAUAGCCAACUAACAGAACGUUUGAAAGACCUAAAUGACCAAAAUGCUCUAUUACAUGAUCAAGUACAAGCUUUGGGCACACAGCUGUCAGUUUCGCAUGCGUCUCGAACAGAUAGUUUUAAUGAAUCUGCUAAUGAUUCCAAUAUAAAUGUAUCAGUAAGUGAAGAAGAUGGAAAAUCAUCGGAGCAAUUAUUCCAAAUUGUUAAGUAUUUAAGGAAAGAGAAAGAUAUUGCUAUGGCUAAGUUUGACAUUUUGCAAGCUGAAACUAUGAGACUAAAAUCACAACUAGAAAUUGCAGAGAAACAGCUUGAUGAAACAAAAUUGACCCUUGCAGCAGAAAGAGAAAAAUCUGAAGUGAGUAUGGUGACUGUGAAUAGACAGUCCGAUAUAUUAAGAAAAGUGGAAACUCUGAAUGCUUUGACAGACAGUAACAGAAUACUACGAGAAGAGCGCGAUAUAUUGUCGGCUCGCGUCGAAGAACUUGCUGCAACAGCAAAAUCAAUGGAAUCGCAAUUAGCACCAUUGCAAGAGAAAAUUUCAGAUCUUUCCUCCAAAAAUGAAACUUUACAAUCUGAAAAUAAUGCAUUGAAGGCUGAUUGUGCCAGAUGGAGAACCAGAGUGAAUGCCUUGGUUGAACGUGCUAACAAAACCAGUCCUGAGGAUUGGAAACGACUACAGAAUGAAAGAGAGACUCUUGCUAAGAUGUUAACAAAUGAAAAAGAAAAUGUCAGGAAACUCAAUGAAGAACUUGGAGCUCUUAAAGUAGAAAAAUCGAAAAUAGAGGAACAAUAUUCUUUACUAUCAAGACAACAAAAUACUUUAGCAGAAGAAAACAAAAAGCUUAACGAAGAAUUACAGACUCUUAAAGAUGAUAUGGCUAGAGUUACCGAAGAGGUAACAAAACUUAAAGCCGAGCAUUCUACAAUUGUUGCCUCCAAUGCUAAAUUAACUGAAGAACUGACCAAUAAAGAUGCUUCUUUGACUGAUAUCAGAAAUAAAGAAAAUCAGAUCAGAAAAAUCGCUAAAAAGUACAAAGCUCAGUAUGAAGAAUUAGUAAAAACAACAGAGGAAGAGAAGAAAAAGAAUGAAGGUGAUGUUGCAGCUGCAGACGCGGCAAUGACAGAAAGUAAUAAGAAAUUCGAGGAACACAUAGCUGAACUUCAAGCAAAACUUGAAACAGAAAAGGCAAACACAGAUAAAUUAAAACAAGAGCUAGAGAUGCUCAGGACUGCAAAUAUGGAAAAAGAAGAGAAGUCUAAACAAGUGUUAAAGCAAGCUAAAAGCAAAAUAGUUCAACUUACUGAACUCAAAAAUAGCUUGAGCCGCGAAUUAGACGAGUCUCGUAAUAAAAUCGGUGCAAUUGAGCAAAGUACUCGGGAUGAACAAGAUGUAAGACUAGCACUAAUAAAAUCUCAAUACGAAGGACGACUGUCACGACUAGAGAAAGAACGCAGUGAGGCCCAGGCAGAAAAAACUAGAGAGGUGGAGGCUUUACAUCAGAAAGUUACUAUGCUUCAGCGACAACUAGCAAGUCAAGCAUCAGCUUCCAAACAACAAACAACUACUGAAAAAAGUACCACAGAACCACCAACUGCUAACAUCAAACCUAUGGCUGGUGUAGCACAGCAAAGUGUCACUGCGAGUCGGCGUGGGGGUGAGACGCCUCUAGCAUCCAUUCGCCCAAUGGCCCAAGUUGGACCGACGGCGCCACACGACGCUCACACUACAGAGUACAUGCCUGCUUCCUCAUCGCGACCGCUUCCUAGGGCUGCUUUAGCAGCAUCCACGGCACCGCCAGAAUCGACACAGGAUAUGGAUACAAGUGAGGCCGGAAUGGGCAGCUCUGGUUCCAGCGAUAGUACAGCACAACCUUCGACACAUUCCCAAGUACCUCAACAGGCUGUGGCAAUGGUUAUGCCACGCAUCGAGCAGCCUAGUGGCGCCGCGUCUGGCAGCGUGACAGGUGUAUCAGCAGCCAGCUCGGCUUCUGCAUCCAGUGUCGCAACACCAGCUGCAUCAGCACCUCCAAUAUCAGGAACGACUGCAGGCCCGUCGACUUCUUGCCCGGUGUCACAAGCUUCUGGUGGCGUGAGCACGUCUCACGCUCCGCCCGGCGUGAGCACGUCGGCGGCGGCGGCGGCGGGCGUGAGUACUUCGCACGCGGCCCCCGGCGUGAGUACAUCGCAGGCGGCGCACGCGGCCCCCGGCGUCAGUACGUCGCACCCGCCGCCCGGCGUCAGCACGUCGCACGCACCGCCCGGCGUCAGCACGUCACACGCGCCCCCAGACGCGCGCCCUCCUAAGCGUCGCCUUCAACAACGCCCACUCGCUUCUAAGAGAACCCGAGUGCAAGGAUUUGAACGGUCUGUGGAAGUAGAAUACCAAGUACCAACAUCUUCGCGCUGCGAUCAAGAUGACGAAGGCGUCAUUGUCGUUGAUUCGGAGGAAGACGACGAACGAUGCACUGGCACUAUGUACAGGGAAGGAGAAGAAGAGGAAGAAGACAUGGAAGAGGAACAAGAGGUAGAAGCAGGUGAGGAAGAGGAGGAAGUCGAAGGCGACGACAGUGAAAAUACCACCCGACAGGAGUCGCCGGCGCAGUCCCCCGAGGCGGGCGAGGAUGCAGAGGAAGGCGCGGGCAGCGCGGCGCGCGCCGAGGCCGACAGCGAGCCUGCGCCCGCGCACCAGCAGAUCGAAGCCAUCAGUAGCGGCACUGAACAAAGCGGAGCGCUGUCUUUGGGUGGUAACAACGGCGACGAUGGUGACGACAGUAUAGUACCGUCUACACCUACCCUUUAUGUACCGCGACGCAAUGACGGGUUCGGCGAGGCAGUGGUGUCCCCAGUGGGCGGCGGCGCGGGCGCGGGCGCGGCGCGCUUCACGUUCGCGGAGGCCAGCGCCGCCAUGGCGCAGCACCACGACACGCACGCAGACCUCACCGCCGCGCUGCCGCCCGCGCCGCUCGCCGCGCCCCCCCUCGACGCACGUCCAGAAGGUGGUGAAACCCGAGAUUGGGAGGAGUCAAGAGCUGAAGAGGAAGCAACGGCCGUCAGUUCACAGGGCAGCGAACCGUCUUCACCACAUCAACAGGUAGCAGAAGAAGGGCGUGAAGCUGAAGCGAGUGCUCCGACGGGCGUGGCGCGUCGUUCUCACACGCAGCAACACGCACACUCCCCUCAUUCGCCACACUCGCAAAAUCAGCGAUGGAUGCGCGCUGCAGACAGCGAGAGUGGAGCACGUGGCCGAGGCAUGCGUUCCCGUGGUCGACCUUCAAGAAGAUCCCACAAUUACAUGAGGUUCUAACUUUUAAGUAUAGAUAUAAGUAAAAAAAUCCUAUUACAUCAAAAUAAUUUGAAAUCCUAAUAAAUAAGGUACUUCCAAUUAAAAGAACAAAAGGUGUUUCUAUUGCAAUCUGGUUUGUGACAUUUAUUUACUUCAAUUUUGUAUUUUUUUAUUGCAACUUAAUUAUAUUAUAAAUUAAUGAAGAUUCAUCUAAGUUAGCCAUAACAUAAUAUUUGAAUGUAUUUUUGUUUAAAGGAAUAUUAGCCUUUAUUUCUUGUAACUUCCUUUAUCAUCAUAAAAUACAUAUUCAAAUGAUCAUGUUUUGAAGUUUCCUUGCUCUCGUGUAUAUACAAAUGAAAGAUAAGAAGACUAAUGACAAUUCAAACAGGUUCAACGGCCGGCGUCCAAAAGAAUUCGCUUAUUUUUUGCUGUUUGUUAAUAUUUAUUGUAAUCAAAUGUAAUAAUAACUGAAUGGUAUGUCAAUAUGGAAAUUAAUUAUAUUAUUUGCAUUCCAACCAUAUAUUUUAUAUCAUUUCAGCUACAACAAAAUACUUAGUUUAACAACCUGUAUUAAUUAUAUGUACUCAAAAGGUAAUAUAUUGUAGACCCUUUUUGAUUGUAUUAUGAAGUAAAUAAAUGAUCAUAAUAAAGUAAAAUUUUAACAAAAAAAAUUUUAGCUACAUUAACUUUGUUGUAUUAAUAGUCAUUAAUAGUGUUGUGACAUUUAUUGCCAAGACAAUUGAUUAUUGGUCUAAUACGCAAUUUCGUCAUUGGUUAUAAAAACCUAUAAACUUGUCAAAAAAUAUUGUUUUCUAAAGUGAAUAAUAUGAUUUUUCAAUUCAGUAUUGACUUCUGAAACCGACGAGAAAUAUUUGUACAAUUGGUUGAAAUAUAUUCUUAUUUACAUUUAAAUAAAUUGUUAAACAAAACGUCAAUUUUGCAACAUCAUUCUUACAGACAUUAAAUUUGUUGUGUAUGGAAAGUCCAUAAUCCAGAAUUCAUUUCAUUUAAUAAUUUCUAUACAUAUAAUAUGUAAGUGUUGUUACUAAGCGUCGUAACAUUAGACUUUCUUGUCUCAUAUGGGAAUAAAACAAAAAUCGGAUAAUUGUUUGCGUUAUUAUAGAGAUAGUCUUAAAUUUAUCAAUGCUAUUAGAUUAUUCACUUACAAGUUUAUAUAGUGAUAUCGUAGACACAAAAUAUUGACGUUAAGUAUUCUGUAGGUAGAUCCUUUGAAAGUCAUCCUUCCUAAAUGACAUAAAAAUGUUGGUAUUAUUCAUACAUUAAUUUAUCCCUUACUCCAAUUGGGUUAGUCAUCUUGAAAACAUUUCCAAAUUUUUCAUAUAAAAAUGAUAAUAAACUAAGUUAAAAAUAACGGAAAUUGAUUUUGAUUUACCCGAUUUAUUACAUUAUUUAAAUAUGUAUGUAUAUUCAUAAAAUUGUGCGUCGCAAUCUUGGAUAUCAAACAAUGUUCGACUCGGAUUGGAAAAUGAUUAAACUUACUUCUACCAUUUGCGGUAUAACAAAUAGUUUAUUUGUGGUAAUUCUGAGAGUAAUCCACAAUUCGAAAUAUUAACUUGAAAUAUGAAAAGUAAGUGACGGACAAUGUGAAAUAAUCCAUGUCAGACAAGGCUAGUAAUUAAAGUAUUUGCGUAAUGCCAUAGGUAGUAUUUAUUUUUGAAAUUAUUUUUGUCAUCGAUUUCAAAAUGGAAGAGGUACUUUUACUGUUCGUUUGCCAGAACAUUUGCUUGUAUUGUCCAUUGCUAAGCAUAGGCUAUCUAACAGCAUUUUUUAAUUCGCUCUAAAUCGAAACUAGUUCUACUUGUCAUGUUUUCACGUUUAAUUUUACUAAUGCUUGUAUGUGUAGCUGUGCUGAGAGCGGUAAAAAAAAACUACAAUUUCGUACCUUACAAAUUCCCUAUUAACAAUAUUUUGUUGUUGUUGUUUUGUUUGGGUACACUAAUAUAAAUUGCUGCUUGGGGAUUCCAACUCGUGAUACCCAAACCAUACACUUGCAAAUAGGGAAAGCAUUUCUUUCGUAGGAUUAUCCUUACGAAGCUUAAAGUAAUAUACCCUGUGAUUUAUUUGUGACAAUUAGUGAUUUCUUUUGGGGGUAGUCCAGCAGAUUUAAUUUUAUGUGAAAAUAGCUACAGGUGCAGUAAAAAUUCCGGCUUAAUCUGGUUUUUUAUCUAGAAUUUUGUCGUGUAAAAUAUUAAUUUUGACCUGUAAAGUUUUAUGGCCUAUUUGCAAAAAUGUUUCAUCAUCAUAGUUAGAAUAACAGAGUUGCUCAAUAACUUAAAAUAUGCAUAAAAUAUGUCAAUAGGAU